AUGUCCUACAAAACGUGGAGUGGUUCAGAUUUGUCCUUGACGAGGCCCACUGGAUUCGGAACCCACGUUCGAAGCAAUUCAAAGCUGUGGAUAGACUCGCCACAGAACGGAGGUGGUGUCUCUCGGGCACUACGAUCCAGAAUUCCAUUUUCGAAUGUGGAUGUCUUCCGACAGUAUAUUUUAGAGCCUCUUCACACCAGGAAUGGCCUUGGGCCAACCAACCCUCUCCAGAUGUUGCUCCAAAGUAUCUGCUUGAGACGAACAGAGAAGUAUCUAAAUCUCCCCGUGGCGCACUAUGAGCGUGUAACAUUAUCACUUCAUUCUGAAGAACAAAUGUUGUACGACGACAUUUUCCGAAACUCCCGGUCCGAGCUCGAUGAUCAUGUCAGCAAUCUUACAAAGAUGGACAAGAAAAAAGCUACCCUACGCUUCACUAUGAUAUCAGAACUGAGAAGAAUUUGCAAUCGCGGUACAAUGAUUGAGCCUCCAAAGACGUUGGAUGACGCGAACAUGCACACGUCUUGCGAUUAUUGCAACGUAGCCGAGAAAGACAGCAUGGCAAAGUUGAACGGGGACGCCAUAUGCCCUGAGUGUCAUCGACCCUUAUCAGUAUCAACGCCUAGCUUCUCGAACAGCCGUAGCCAGUCGGCUAAACCAUCUCCCCUCGGGGAUAGAAGUCCAUGUUAA